UUUAGAUUUAUUAUAUCAAAUUAAUGCAGGCGACAGUAUAGAUUAAGCAUCUCCAACAAGUACGUAUAGAGAUCAUGAACUCCAAAAGUUACUCUGAAGAAUAGCAACACAAAGAUGAUUUUGUAAAUUAUUAUUGUUAUUAAUCAAUUUAAGAUGAGAAAGAUGAGACACACAUUAGCAAAUGGGAUCAUAUCCUCCUACAAAGAACUUAUUAUUCAAAACCAAAUUUAUAACUACGACUUCAAAGGUUAUUUAAUUUAGAAAUACGUAAGUUACAUGUUUAAAUUAAUAAAUAGAAACGAGGGCCUCUUCAUCUGGUUUGUGAGAAUGGCAGACUAACACUCAUUAGGUAUUUUAUAGAGAACAACCUUUAUGACAUUGACGAGAUAUGCGAUGGCCACACUCCUUUGAGUUUGCUAACACUUUAUUACAUAUAAACCCCAGAGAAGUGCACAUCAACGGAGACUUUGGAAUUGAUGUUUGCAAAAGGGGCAAAUCCCUUAUUGUUCAUUGAUAAAAAAGGGAAUACUCUGAAUGAUUACUGCGAUAUGAUUAAGAAACAGACAGGAGAACCACUUAACUUUGUUUUAUAGUAUAUCCAGGAUUUCUAUUUAAAGAAACAGAGAGAGUAGGCAUUGAAGAAUGCUAUCUUGCUAUCCAUGUGUGACAAUCAAAAUAAUAACAACACUUUAACAAAUUUACUGAACAUCGACGAUAUGAAGCAAAUUGCUGAAUAUCUAGUUGGUCCCAUAUAAUAUCAAAUUGAUUAAUGA